CACCAAAGAGGAAUUUCUUCCCCAGAGGAGAGUUUGUCCCAACAGCCAUGUGAUAAGAUUCAAAUGGUCUUGGUGUAGACUUGAAUAAUUCACCAUCUUCCUUUCCAAAAUUAUAUGGAAAUUCUUCUGGAAACAAACUCUGUGUCUUAGUAAGGAAAGGUCUUCUGGAGAAACAUGCUGAAUUACUACAAAGUACUGGGAGUGCCUCAAAAUGCUUCCCCAUCUGAUAUUAAGAAGGCUUACCACCAGUUAGCUCUUCAGGUACAUCCAGACAAGAAUCCAAAAAACAGGGAGGCAGCCGAGGAGAAAUUCAAACAAGUAGCAGAAGCCUAUGAGGUCUUGUCUGAUGCCAAGAAACGCAACAACUAUGACAAGUCCAGAGGGAACCACAUCAAAAUGGAAAAUAAAGGAGACUUCAGUGACAAAAACUGUUUCAAAGAGGAACCAUGGUUUGAGAGGCCACACUGUGGCUUUCAAAAUGUCUUUGAAGACAAAGACUGCUUCUCAGGAGAUUAUUUUUCCACUGGUCAUGUGGGUAGGACCAGAAGAUUCUGUUCCUCCUUCUUUGAUGUGAUCCCCAUAUUGGACACAGGAUUUUCCACAUUUGUAUCCCUGGGCUCCAGACCACGUCCCCCUUCCACUGAAACAUUUGUACCCUUUGUAAGCAGUGGAAUGGGAAACUUCAGACUGGUCACCACUUGUAGCCAGAUAGUGGAAGGCAAGAAAGUUGUUAAAAAGAAAGUUCUAGAAAAUGUGAGAGGGAAGACUGAAGUGGAAAAAGAAAACCUAUCUCAUCAGAUUCCUCCACAUCCUUGCUCAGGAAGCGUUUGCAAGCAGAGUAUCUCAUGGGAUCCUGUCAGAAACCUCAAAUCCCCACAUCACCAACUGAGAGACAGAGGAGGAAAGGAUUUACAGGUCGCAAAAAACAGUAUCUUGGAUCCCUACCAGGUGUAUAUGCCAAGUCUGCCAUCAUUUUCUUAAGAUGCGACUUUAGCGAUCUGAUCUUGAAAACAAGAUCAGCUAUGAAUUUUAAUCCAAAAAUAAAAGUGGAAGAUGGAACAUAAAAA